AUGGCGGCAGCCGUGGGAAGGUUACUUCGGGCUUCGGUUGCUCGGCAUGUGAGCUCCUUUCCCUUGGGAAUUUCUGCAGCCUUUAGGACUGUGGCUACCAGAAACAAAUUCCCAGCCAACGUAAUGCUCACAAGUGCUACCAGUCCAAAAUUGGCCUUCAGCACCAGUACUUCAACUUAUGUGCCUGCUGUCACCCAACAUGCUCCACAUUUUAAGGGUACAGCUGUUGUCAAUGGAGAAUUCAGAGAAAUAAGCCUUGAUGACUUUAAAGGCAAAUAUUUGGUACUUUUCUUCUACCCUCUGGAUUUCACUUUUGUAUGUCUAACAGAAAUCGUUGCUGGCUUAGGCCAUAUGAAUAUUGCACUCCUAUCAGAUUUAACCAAACAAAUUUCUCGGGACUAUGGUGUGUUGCUUGAAGGACCUGGCCUUGCAUUAAAAGGUCUCUUCAUAAUUGACCCUAAUGGAGUUAUUAAACACAUGAGUAUCAAUGAUCUCCCUGUGGGCCGAAGUGUAGAAGAAACUCUGCGUUUAGUGAAGGCAUUCCAGUUUGUGGAAGUGCAUGGAGAAGUCUGUCCAGCAAAUUGGACACCAGAUUCACCUACUAUCAAGCCAUCUCCUACUGCUUCCAAAGAAUACUUUGAGAAAGUGAAUAAAUAAGCUAUUCCGUGUAUUGAAGACCUGCAUGACUUUUUA